AGUGCGGAUGAGGAGAAAGGGUGGGGGGCUCUCGCAGAGGGAAGAAAGAUUUAUGAAAUGAUAGGUGGUCGGGCUUUGUUUGGCUGGAUUUUUUUGCGCGCAGUAUGUGGAAGGGUUUUCGCGUUUCCUCCACUUGAGGGAUCAUUAAGGCGGUCGAUGGCCACCAGGCGCGUCACACAGCGCCACUUAGCGCCGCUGUGACACCCAGACGAGCCCUUGUGUCGAGCUACAGUCCUGGACAGCAAGUCUCCAGUGGAUAACCAGCUCCCCCCACUCUCUCUUCCUCUUCCUCUCUCUGUCAGUGCGUACCCGUCGUGCGUUCUGCAUGCGUCAAAGGAGCACCGUGCGUAACGGGAGAGUCGUGCGUAACUGGAGACAGAUUUCACUCCAUUUUGCGCUGGGAUUCUGGGGACCACUGGCGGUGUAACGCUCACUUGCAAGGACACUGACCGCUGGAACCCGACAUAUUUCUCUUCUGAAAACACCUCACAGUUGGUCUUUUCUCCCUCCCUCUCUUCUCUCUGCGCCAGUUGUACGUCAGAGCUGACAUGACGACCGAGACCCCUCAGCAGCAGCUGGACCCUCCGCCUCCUCUGAGAUCCAGCCCGGCGUCCGGCGUCCUGCACCCCGCCAUGCUGAGCCCGCAAGCCGCCACAGAAAGUUCGUCCAGCGCCGUCAAAGGGAAGAAGACGAGCUCUGGUUUGAGGCGACCGGAAAAGCCUCCGUACUCCUACAUCGCUCUCAUCGUUAUGGCAAUACAGAGCUCUCCCACCAAACGGCUGACACUCAGUGAGAUCUACCAGUUUCUCCAGGCUCGCUUCCCAUUCUUCAGGGGCUCAUAUCAGGGCUGGAAGAACUCGGUCCGGCAUAAUCUUUCGCUUAAUGAGUGCUUCAUCAAGCUGCCCAAAGGGCUGGGAAGGCCGGGGAAAGGCCACUACUGGACCAUCGACCCUGGCAGCGAGUUCAUGUUCGAGGAGGGCUCGUUUCGUCGCAGACCCAGAGGCUUCAGGAGAAAAUGUCAAGCUCUGAAGCCCAUGUAUCGGAUGAUGAACGGCAUAGGCUUCGGCACCUCGAUUCUCCCGCAGAGUUUUGACUUCCAGGCUCCAUCCGCCACCCUCGCCUGUCACAGCAACAGCUAUAACUUGGACAUGAUGAGCAAUUCAAUGGCCGGGGGCUACGAGGGGCUGAGCGGCGGUCACCACGUACCUCACAUGUCCCCGAGCCCCGGCUCCACGUACAUGGCGAGCUGUCCAGUGCCUCCAAACGGAGAGUAUGGGCCGGACAGCAGCAGCAGCCCCGUACCGUCCUCUCCGGCCAUGGCCAGCGCGCUGGACGGCCACUCCCCGUACGCCAGUACAUCUGCACACUGGGCGUCCUCCGGCGGGUCCCCCUACAUCAAACAGCAGCCCCUAGCCUCCAGCAGCCCAGCAUCCUCCGGUUUACACUCCGGCAUGUCGCCUUACUCCCUGGAGCAAAGCUACCUUCACCAGAACGGCAGGGACAGCCACUCCACCGACCUAUCAGUGGGGAUCCCUCGCUAUCAGAGCCAUUCCUCGGUGUGCGACAGGAAAGAUUUUGUGUUGAACUUUAACGGCAUCUCCUCUUUCCACCCCUCGGCUGGCGGAUCCUACUAUCACCAUCACCACCACCACCAUCCCCAGAGCGUCUGUCAGGACAUCAAGCCCUGCGUGAUGUGAGCUCUCCUCCUGUCACUGCGGACUUCAAGGAAAAGAGAAGGAAAAAGACGGACACAGUGAAACUGGAGGUCCGUCACAUCUGAACAAACAAGAGGACUUUUUUUUUUCCUCAAAUGCGUCUUAUUUUUUAUUUUUAUUUUUUUUAAUUUUUGGAGGAUUCCUCUUAGGAUGUAUCGUGGUGGUGCCUCCUACCAGCAGCCAAAAAAUCGUCUUUUUUUUCUUUUAUUAGUUUUUAUUUUUUUGGACUUGUUGGACAAAACUAUGCAUUGAAGGAAAUGAAUGAAGAAACCCCAGAGGCCUUUAGAAAAACCACUUCGCCUAUAUGAACCCUGACAAGCUUUCUUCUUCAAAAGAAGUUUCAGAAACACGACUUUUUAAUGCGUUUGCUCCUGUAACACGUGCAAACAAUCUAUACUCCAUGUAACUAUGUUUUAUCUUAUUAGAGUAACUACACACACGACGCUUUAGGCUUUCAUGAACUGCAACAAAACCUUGCACUUAUUUGUAUAACCCCCUUUGCCAAGUUUAUUUUUAUUUUUUUUUUGUCUUGUAAAAGGUUUCAAUAAAGCUGAUUUAUAUUUUAGGCUA